AUGCCGUUGACUCGCCUGGCGUUGCGGGCGUCAGCUGCUCUCCUCCCCUUCGCCAUCUCCUCUGCUCUCCUUCCCUUCGCCAUCUCCUCUGCUCUCCUCCCCUUCGCCAUCUCCUCUGCUCUCCUCCCUCGCCAUCUCCUCUGCUCUCCUCCCCUUCGCCAUGUCCUCUGCUCUCCUCCCCUUCGCCAUCUCCUCUGCUCUCCUCCCUCGCCAUCUCCUCUGCUCUCCUCCCCUUCGCCAUCUCCUCUGCUCUCCUCCCCUUCGCCAUCUCCUCUGCUCUCCUCCCCUUCGCCAUCUCCUCUGCUCUCCUCCCCUUCGCCAUCUCCUCUGCUCUCCUCCCUCGCCAUCUCCUCUGCUCUCCUCCCCUUCGCCAUCUCCUCUCCUCUCCUCCCCUUCGCCAUAUCCUCUCCUCUCCUCCCCUUCGCCAUCUCCUCUGCUCUCCUCCCUCGCCAUCUCCUCUGCUCUCCUCCCCUUCGCCAUCUCCUCUGCUCUCCUCCCCUUCGCCAUCUCCUCUGCUCUCCUCCCCUUCGCCAUCUCCUCUGCUCUCCUCCCCUUCGCCAUCUCCUCUGCUCUCCUCCCUCGCCAUCUCCUCUGCUCUCCUCCCCUUCGCCAUCUCCUCUCCUCUCCUCCCCUUCGCCAUCUCCUCUCCUCUCCUCCCCUUCGCCAUCUCCUCUGCUCUCCUCCCUCGCCAUCUCCUCUGCUCUCCUCCCCUUCGCCAUCUCCUCUCCUCUCCUCCCCUUCGCCAUCUCCUCUGCUCUCCUCCCCUUCGCCAUCUCCUCUGCUCUCCUCCCCUUCGCCACCUCAUCUCCUCUCCUCCCCUUCGCCAUCUCCUCUGCUCCAGUCCAGCCGCCUCCUCUCCUCUCAUCCCCUGCUCCAGCUCAUGCCGUUGACUGGCUUUCAGUCCUCCCAACACCAGCGCCAGGGAGAGAGGAGGAGGAGGAGGAGGAGGAGGAGGAGGAGGAGGAGGAGGAGGAGGAGGAGGAGGAGGAGGAGGAGGAGGAAAAGGAGGAGGGAGGGCCUACCCAAGGGGUAAGCGUCUGUGACCCGUGGGGUUCACCUCAACCAGCAACGACGGAGGAGGAGGAAGAAGAGGAGGAGGAAGAGGAGGAGGAGGAGGAGGAGGAGGAGGAGGAGGAGGAGGAGGAGGAGGAGGAGGAGGAGGAUUAG